CUGACAGCGGCCUGUAUUACUGCACAAGGAGCGGUGGGCACACGGCCGCCAACUCGACAGCUCUGGUUCUGGACGUGCAGUAUGCUCCAAAGAACACAGUGAUGUCCAUGGAUCCUGGUGGCAGCAUACUAGAAGGGGACACGGUCACUCUGUCCUGCUCAUCCAUGGCCAAUCCAUUAAGCAGCUACAAUUGGUAUCAAGUGAAGGGAGCCGCCAUCAUAAAGAGAGGAUCUGGGCAGAACCUGACCCUUGCCACAGUGACCCCUAGUGAUGGUGGGACGUAUUACUGUGAAGCUGCUAACCAGCAUGGAGGGGAGACGUCGCCAGCCAGGAAUGUGACUGUGCUGGCUCGAUCAAGUGUGCACAAAAAUCUUGUCCCCAGAGAAGAGACAUCUACGGGUGGUCCGCUACUUUCUCGGACACAGUCAUCCCUACCCAUGUGCAAGAUGGCACCGAAAAUACCCGACAUCGACGAAUGGGCCCAGCUAGUCAUGGAUGUGCACGAUGUCCCUCACGUCACAGUUGAUCCACCGGGCCGCCUCACAGAGGGCUCGUCGGUGACUCUGAGCUGCCAGUCCAAAGACAGCCUGCCCAGCCUUUACUCCUGGUUUCAUGUCGACGGAGUCUCCCUCUCCAACAGAGGGUCUGGGCAGAACCUGACCAUCAGGCCGGUGGCCAUCCGUGACAACGGGGCUUACUUCUGUGAGAUGACCAACAAGAACGGAGCUGAGAAUUCAACAGCCGUGACCCUGCAAGUACACCGGCAUCAACCCAAAAUGAUUCUUUACGCACUAAUGGGGACCAUCGCCGUCCUAAGUAUCUGCCUCUUUGGGUUAUUUCUUGCAUUGAAAAUGAGAAAGUCCAGAUUUUACGACCUGGAAAUUAAAAUGAAGUAUUUCAAUCACUUCACGCCAGAACGAAUCCAAAGGCUUAUAUGACUUGGCACGGAGGCCACAUGGACAUGACGUGCAAGAAUGGGAGCUCUGCACACGUUUGAAAGGCUUGCCGACCGUCCAAGAUGAGGUUACGCGAUGUUCGCUUUUAUGAACGUAAAUUAUUUAUGUGGAGAGGUAAACACAUGGAUCUGAAGGACUAAACAUCCCCUGCUAAUGGCCAGUGUGUCAAACAAACGCCGCCAUUUGAAACGCUUUUCUCACCCGCUGUG